AAAUUGGCAACCUAUGGUUGUUAUAAAUAAUAUAAAAAGACUAGACGUUCAGUAAAUAAGAAAUAAUUUUCAAAAUGACUCCAGUAGAUAUUUUCAACGAUUUAAUGGAAAUUGAACCAAUAGAAAUAAUUUUUCCUGUAGAUCCUGUAAAUGACGAAUCAUCAUCAGACCAAAAAUUUAUCCAAUACUAUCAAUUAUUACAAAGAUAUUCACGACUAAAAAGGAGACAAUACACUUUAUUUUAUGCUUAUAAACUUGGACAAUUAUUAGAAAAUCAAAUAUUAUCACGUGCUCAGAAAACUUUAUUUAGAUCUAGAAUGACGACACACUUUUAUCAAGGAUGUAUUAGGACCUAUCAUAUUUUUCUUAAUAUAGGAGUAGAACAAAUAUUUAGAACAAAAUUAGUAACUUUUAUGAUGUUGAAAAAGUUAAAGUCACAAGAAUUUCGAUUAUUAUGUGGAGCUGAAUUUAGUUAAUGAUAAUCCUUAAAAUCGAUAAAUUAAUCGUGAAUGAUUGACAAAAUUAGAAAUCAAUGAUGAUCGACAAAUCAAAUUAGUUUUUAUGUUGAACAAACUGAUCAAAAAUGAUCAGCAUGAAUAUGCGACUCAAUGCCCCAGAAAAUUUAC